AUGGCUGAUUCCCCAGCCAAAGCCGACGGCGGCUCCGAGCGGAGGCCAGCGGGCUACAAGUCGUGGAAAAAGAAGUAUCGGAAGAUGCGUAUCGUCUUCGACCACAAGAUGCACGAGUGCGAGGAGCUGCACAAGCAAGAGGCCAAGGCCGCCAACACGGUGAAGCGCUUGGCCAUAGAGAAUGACCGGCUACUGGACCUUCUCCUCGAAGUCAACAAUUCUCCGCAGAUUCCUACAGACCGACGGAUAGACCUGUCUCUCAAGCCUCCCUCAGACGACAACGCCCUCUGCUUGCCCAUGGACCGUGAUCGCAGCAAGGACAAGGAGGCUGCUAUGAAGAAACUCGAGCAGUUGCUCAGCGACAUCCCCCAUUCGACUUAUGACUCAGCUAAAGAGACCAAAUCCUCGUUCCUUGCCGACUUGGGUGCUCCCGAUGGCGAGUCCCAUCCUGCACAUUUCCUCUCGGCCGACGAUAUUGACGACUACAUCUACCUCGUCGAUACGGGAAUCGACCCUGACUCAACCUUGCCCACGAUGGCGCCGCUCGCCCACCCCAUUGCGCGUCCCCCCUCAAAUCCUCAGACCAAGAACCCUACUAGUGUCACAAAUUGGCUGCGGAAACAUGCACCAAAGAUCUUCCUCCAAGACGGAGAGACGCAUGGCGAGCGCGGCGGCAGUAAAGCCAGCGGCAAGGGCAAGAAGGCUGGCGCGGCGGCGCGGCUCAGUGCUGCGGCUGAGCGCGGAGACGGCGAUGCCAGCAUGGACGACGAUGGCGAUUUCGGAGCGACACCCGCGGCCCGCAGCAGCAAGCGCAAGAGGGACGACGAUACCGGAUACAAGCCCAGAGGGUCUUCAAGCCGGCCGACUAAAAAGAAGCGGAAGAGUGAUGUCGAGGCAACGCCCACAGCGCGUAAAUCCAAGAAGGACGCUGCGGCAGCGAGCAAGGACGAAUAA